CCCCGGUUCCCCCAGCCGGACCCCGCGGCGCCCAGCUCCAACGGCAGCUGCUACCACUUCCCUCUGCUGGUCAGCAGCAGCUUCUCCCGCGUGGACCUGUUCAACGGCCUGUUAGGACCGAUGCAGAUCACCGCGCUGCACGUGACCAGCCUGGACAACAUCACAGUGGCCCACAUGGGCACGAGUGACGGGCGCGUCCUGCAGGUGGAGCUGGCCCGGUCUCUCAGCUACUUGCUGUAUGUCUCCAACUUCUCGCUGAGCAGCAGCAAGCAGCCCGUGCAACGGGAUGUCAGUCGCCUUGGGAACCACCUGCUCUUUGCCUCUGGGGACAAGGUAUUCCAGGUGCCCAUCGGAGGCCCCGGCUGCCGCCACUUCCUCACCUGCGGGCGCUGUCUGCGGGCACAGCGUUUCAUGGGCUGUGGCUGGUGUGGGAGCGUGUGUGGCCGGCAGAAGGAGUGUCCUGGCUCCUGGCAACAGGACCACUGCCCGCCUGAGCUGAUUGAGUUCUAUCCUCACAGUGGACCCCUCCGGGGCAGCACCAGGCUGACCCUGUGUGGCUCCAACUUCUACCUGCACCCUGGCGGUCUGGUGCCUGAGGGCACCCACCAGGUCACCGUGGGCCAAAGUCCCUGCCGACUGCUGCCCCAGGAGAGCUCAGAAUCCAGCCCCGUGUCCUGGAAGGGCUUCAUAGAGGUGCUUGCGUGUGAGCUGCAGCCCCCGGGCACGCAGGCAGCUGGGCCUGCCAACGUGAGCCUCACUGUGACCAACAUGCCGCGGGGCAAGCUCUUCCGGGUGGACGGCGCCUCCGCGCUGCCAGGCUUCUCUUUCAUGGAGCCGGUGCUGAAGGAAGUGCACCCCCUCUUUGGCCCUCAGGCCGGGGGCACCCGCCUCACCCUGAGGGGCCAGGGCCUGUCCAUAGGCACCAGCCGGGCUGUGCUGGUCAACGGGAGCGAGUGCCUGCUGGACGGGGUCAGCGAGGGGCAGCUUGUAUGCACCACGCCUCCCGGUGCCGCCCCGGCCAGCGUUCCCGUUCGCCUGCAGGUGGGGGGCGCCCCGGUGCCGGGCGCCUGGACCUUCCACUACCGGGAAGACCCCGUCGUGCUGGGCAUCAGCCCCAACUGCGGCUACACUGGCUCCCACGUCACCAUCCGUGGCCAGCAUCUGACCGCAGUGUGGCGCCUGGCGCUGUCAUUCCACGACGGGCUUACGGCCGUGGAAAACCCGUGUGCGGGGCAGCUCCCGGAGAAGCAGUGGUGCCGCCUGCCCGAAUACGUGGUCCGAGGCCCCCAGGGGUGGGUGACAGGGAACCUGAGUGCCCGGGGGGAUGGAGCUGCUGGCUUCACACUGCCUGGCUUUCGCUUCCUGCCCCCGCCCCACCCACCCAGCACUGGCCUGGCCCCACUGAAGCCGGAAGAGCAAUCUGUUAAGUUCGAGUACAUCGGCCUCGGAGCCGUGGCUGACUGUGUGGACGUGAACGUCACCGUGGGUGGCCAGAGCUGCCAGCACGAGCUCCGGGGCGAUGUGGUCAUCUGCCCCCUGCCCCCCACCCUGCCGCUGGGCAAGGACGGCGCCCCCCUGGAGGUCUGCGUGGAUGGCGAAUGUCAGGUCCUGGGCAGAGUGGUGCGGCCAGGCCCAGGGGGUCCCCUCCAGAGGACGCUCCUGGGUGUCCUGCUGGCCCUGGUCCUGCUCGUGGCUCUCCUGGCCAUUGCGCUGGUCUUCAACUACCGGAGGAGGAAGCAGCUGGCCUUCUCUCCGAACCUGGCUGACCUGGCAUCUCUGGACCACAGCCCUGAGGGCCUGCCUCUGUCUCUGUUCCAGGCAGGCUCUGACUACAGACAUGGCCCUGCCUCUCCCGCUGGGGACGGUCUGGAUGCCACCUGUCGGGGCCACAGAGCGUCCUUCUCAGACAGCGGGGACGGGUCCUGUGUCCCGCUGCUUCGGACAAAGUCCAUCCAGCUUGGGGAUCUGGACCCCGUGCUCCUGGCCGAGGUCAAGGAUGUGCUGAUUCCCCAUGAGCGCGUCGUCACCCACAGUGACCGAGUCAUUGGCAAAGGCCACUUCGGGGUUGUCUACCACGGAGAGUACAUAGACGUUGUCUACCACGGAGAGUACAUAGACGAGGCCCAGAAUCGAAUCCACUGUGCCAUCAAGUCAUUGAAUCGCAUCACGGAGGUGCAGGAGGUGGAGGCCUUCCUGCGCGAGGGGCUGCUCAUGCGUGACCUGCACCACCCGCACGUGCUGGCCCUCGUGGGCAUCGUGCUGCCGCCGGAGGGGCUGCCCCGCGUGCUGCUGCCCUACAUGCGCCACGGAGACCUGCUCCAGUUCAUCCGCUCGCCCCAGCGGAACCCCACGGUGAAGGACCUGGUCAGCUUCGGCCUGCAGGUGGCCCGCGGCAUGGAGUACUUGGCAGAGCGGAAGUUCGUGCACAGGGACCUGGCUGCUCGGAACUGCAUGCUGGAUGAGUCUUUCACGGUCAAGGUGGCCGACUUCGGCCUGGCCCGCGGCGUCCUGGACAAGGAAUACUACAGCGUGCAGCAGCACCGCCACGCCCGCCUGCCGGUCAAGUGGAUGGCGCUGGAGAGCCUGCAGACCUACCGCUUCACCAGCAAGUCGGACGUGUGGUCGUUUGGUGUGCUGCUAUGGGAGCUGCUGACACGGGGUGCCCCGCCGUACCCCCACAUCGACCCUUUUGACCUCACUCACUUCCUGGCCCAGGGUCGCCGCCUGCCCCAGCCUGAGUAUUGCCCGGAUGCUCUGUACACAGUGAUGCAGCGCUGCUGGGCAGCGGACCCCGCGGCACGCCCCACCUUCGGGACGCUGGUGGGAGAAGUGGAGCAGGUGGCCACGGCCCUGCACGGGGACCACUACGUGCAGCUGACCGUGGCCUACGUGAACCUGGGCCUCGCCGCCUCCAACGAGCCCACGUCCCCGGAACUGCCACUGUCCCCACCUGUGCACAGGAGCACCAGCCGGCCUCGGCCCCUCUCAGAGCCACCGAGGCCCACGUGACCUCGGCCCCAGGCAGGCCCCGAGGGCCUGGACCUGCAUCACCCCGCCAGGGAGUUAACCCCAGGCCGCGCCAAGGGGAGGCCCCAGCUGCCCACUGCUCUGUUCCUGACCCUUAACCUUCAGGCUCUAGCAGGGGGACAAGGCACACGGCCCCUCACGCCACAGAGGGAGCCAUUGCGGGUGAUCCCUGAGCACUUACGGAGCGCCUGCUGCGUGCCUGGCCUCUGGGCGCAGGGGACUCAACUGUGACGCCCAUGGAGCAGCCAAUGAAUGACUUUAAGCAUAAAUUCUGGUAAAUGCUCUGAAAGAAAAAGACAGGUGGCCCUGGCCGUGUGGCUCAGGUGGUUGAACGUCAUCCCGUGUACCAAGAGGUUGCUGGUUCAAUUCCUGGUCGGGACACAUGCCUGGGGUUGCGGGCUCAAUCCCCAGUAGGGGGCGUGCAGGAGGCAGCC